ACGUCUCUUCUCAGUUCUCACUUGACCAAAAAAACAAAGCUCUCUAAUAAAGAUAAAGACAAAAGAGUAAUAAGAGUGAAGAGGAAGCAGAGAACGAACCAAAAUCAAUGGCGGUUUCCGUUUCUAUUCUCGCCGUCGUCAUUGCUCUUCACCUCCUCGCUUUCGUCUUCGCUUUCGGCGCCGAGCGUCGCCGUAGCACCGCUGUGGCGGUACCGGACCAGUACGAUGAGAAGACUUUUUGUAAGUACGGAACUGAGGCGUCGACGGUGUACGGUAUGUCGGCGUUUGGGUUGCUUCUUGUUAGUCAAGCGGUGGUUAACGGCGUGACUAAGUGUCUCUGUUUCGGGAAGGGUCUUGUUACUGGUACUUCUUACACUGUCUGGGCUAUUGUCUUCUUCGUUGUCUCUUGGGUAAGCUUUUUAGGAGCUGAGGCGUGCUUGUUGGCUGGAUCAGCAAGGAACAUGUACCACACCAAAAGUAAAGGCAUCUACCAAGGGAAAGAGAUUUCGUGUGCUGUCUUACCAGUUGGGGUCUUUGCUGCUGGAGCUGCUUUCACUCUCAUGUCUUUGAUUGCAACCAUUCUUUACUACUUGGCUCAUUCUAAGGCUGAUACUGGUGGAUGGGAGAAGCAUCAGAACGAUGGCAUUAACAUUGGUAUGACUAGUCCUACAGAUGCUCCAAAGCAACAGAACCCAGAUUUCAACAAGGUCUAAACCAGUUUCUGUGUUUGGUUAUGAUGGCUAUGCUUUUAAAGUCGGGGUAAACUAUAAAAUAGUUGUUUGUUAAUUGUUCAUAUAAAACUUAUGUUCUCAAUGUAAGAUUGGUAAUGUUGGCUUAUGUUAUGUGUGUCUUAUAACAAAAUUGGAUUGGCUCAGUCA